UGUAGUGGUAUCAAUUUGGAAAAAUCAUAUUUACAAAAUCCAAAAGUAGAAAUCAAUCCAGAGGUUUCCCGCAGUAGUAAAAAAUAAUGCCAACACCAACACCAGUACCUUCAUACAAGCCGCCCAAAGAUAUUCAGGAUUUCUUGGACAAGAAAGAGCAAACAUAUUUGCGCAAACGAACUGCUGUCUUACCGAAACGUUCUUGGAUAAAGCGUAAUCCGCGACUAUUUCAAAUUACAUUUUUGACAACAUCUCUCUUUAUAUUUUUCUCUAAGCCUCUUUACGACGCAUUCAUAGCCGAUCCUUUACCCUCGAAGGGGUUUAUACCAGCCCAUAAACGAUAGCAUGGAAUCUGUACGUAAGGCCAAUACCCGACUACGUAAUUAUCCAUUACUGCUUACAAAGUGCUCUGAUAAGGCUUCGCUAU